AUGGAGAAUAUUACGCCAGACCAAUGGCAGGCGAUUGUGAACAAAAAGCUUACUUUCCCCCCGGAGCUGAUAACAGCCAUUCAGGAAGACAACUCAAUUCUGGUGGGCAGCCUGCUGUCCACAGGGGACGGCAUCAUCCGCCAGCUGGAUGAGUCUGAGGACCGUCUGUGGAGAGAAGCCCUGAACCUGUCCAUCCGCAUGGGCAACGAGGACAUUUUCUCCGCUCUGAUGCUGGGCGUCAAGUUUGACUUCAGGCAGAUCUACGAGGCGCUGCUGGUGGCGGUGGACACCAACCAGCCCCGGGUGGUCAAGAGGCUCCUGGACCGCCUGGACCAGGAAAAGGGCAACAAGAUGGAUGUGCGCUCCUUCUCCAUGGCCAUAUUUGACCACUCCAUUGACGACUCCCAGUUUGCCCCCGGAGUGACCCCGCUCACCCUGGCCUGUCAGAAGGACCUGUAUGACAUUGUCACCAUGUUGACUAAGAAAGGUCAUGCCAUCCCUCUGCCUCACUCUAUCUCCUGUACCUGUCUGGAGUGCAGGAACGGUCGUCAGUAUGACCUGCUGAAGUUCUCUCUGUCUCGUAUCAACACCUACCGGGGCAUGGCCAGCCGGGCAUACCUCUCCAUCACCACAGAGGAUGCCAUGCUCAGUGCCUUCAGACUCAGUCGGGAGCUACGCAAGCUCUCCAAGAAAGAGCCUGAAUUUAAGCCCCAGUACCUGAGCCUGGAAGAGCUGUGUCAGGAGUUCGCAGUGGAGAUGCUGGCCAUGUGUCGCAACCAGAGUGAGGUCACAACAAUCCUGAACAACUGUGAUGACGAUAAUGAAGAUGAACUGGACGAGCAGAUCUUCGAGGAGGGGAUUCCAACCCUGUCACGCAUACGCCUUGCAGUCAAUUACAAUCAAAAACUGUUUGUGAGUCAUCCCAUCUGCCAGCAAGUGCUGUCGUCCAUUUGGUGUGGAAACAUCCCAGGGUGGCGGGGCAGCAAGACGGUCUGGAAACUCACGGUGUCUCUUGGGAUCUUCUUCACCAUGCCUCUCCUCUGUAUGAUCUACUGGGUCGCUCCCAAGUCCAAGAUUGGAAAGACUUUGAAGAUACCUGUGAUCAAAUUCCUGCUGCAUUCUGCCUCCUACCUGUGGUUCAUCAUCACCCUUUUAGCUGAGUCUAUUUUCAUGGAGCUGUACCGCGAUGAGUUCGCAUCCCGGCAGCAAAACAUCCUCUACAACUCCCUCCAUAUGAUCUGGGUGGUCGGUUUCUUCUGGAGUGAGUGUAAGAAUGUGUGGGCGGAGGGUCUGAGGGGUUACAUCGUGGACUGGUCCAACAUUCUGGACAUGAUAGUACUCAGCAUGUACUUGGCCUCCUUCGGUCUGAGAGUCCUCAUCAUGGCAAUUGGUCACUUUGUUUGCCAAGACCAAAACUUGGUUGAGAAGUGUGCCUACUUCACCCAAACAGUGCGGGAUGAAUGGUGGCAGGAGGACCCUCAGCUGAUCUCAGAGAUUCUGUUCGCUGUGACCAGCAUGCUCAGCUUCACCCGACUGGCCCACAUCCUGCCUGCCCAUGAGUCUCUGGGUACUCUGCAGAUCUCCAUUGGUAUAAUGAUAGAUGACAUGAUGAGGUUCAUGUUUCUCUUGAUGAUCAUUGGAACAGCUUUUCUCUGUGGACUGAAUAAUAUCUAUGUGCCCUACGCAACUUCUCCACAUCUUGGACGCUUCAAUGAAACCUUCAGCUUUCUCUUCUGGACCAUGUUUGGUGCAUCUAAUCAAGGCUAUGUGGACAUGCCAGAUUUUGUUCUGGCUCAGUUUGUGGGCAGGGUCCUGUAUGGGGUCUUCACUCUCGUCAUUGUCAUUAUCCUGCUCAAUUUGCUUAUCGCCAUGAUCACUAAUUCAUUCCAGAAGAUAGAGGAUGAUGCUGAUGUUGAAUGGAAGUUUGCUCGUUCAAAGCUCUACUUGAGUUACUUCAGAGAGGGCUCCACUAUACCGGUACCCUUCAACCUCGUCCCCACUCCAAAGGCCUUGUUCUACUUACUGAGGAGCUUUUUCUGUUGUUGCAACCGAAAGAAAAUUCCAGACUAUCCUCCUAUUGCCUCUGUGUCCAACAGUACAAUGAACAACAGUGGAGAGGCAGGGAUGGAGCGAGUGUCAUACCGCCUGCAGGUGGUCAAGGCGCUGGUACAGCGCUACAUAGAAGCAGCCCGCAGGGAGUUUGGAGAGGCGACACGGAAAGAUGUGGGGAACAGGAUCACAGAGCUGAACAAGGGGGUGGGGAGACUUCACUCUGAUAUGAAGAAGUUCCAUCAGAACCUGCAGAACAACAAGUCCUUCGGCUCAAAGGGCGAUGGAGGCAACUUCCUGGGCAAGUACAUAAAAGGAGCAAAGAACAACUUUAAGAACUUUGAUAAAAAUGAGGCAAUGGGGAAUAGCCCAGACCUGUUACUAGUCAAUCUGCACCUCGUAGGGGUGGUGGAGGAGGGGAAGAAAGAGGAGGGGAAAACAGAAAUGAUCCCAGAGGUGUUUACAGAGAAAAACACCCCCACAAACAACAGUGAGAGCUCCCCAGACAUCAGCCCUGAGUCUCGUAGGGGGCAGGAGUUCCUGGAGAGAGACACAGAGAGUACCUGCACACAGGGAACAGUGGAGGAAAACACUAACAUCAUAUAGUGAUGUAAUCCCUGCUAUAUAGCCUUCUGUAAAUAUUUAAAACAGCUAUGCUUGCUUAUUAUGUAAACUGCCUACCAUUAUGUAAGAAACCUACUCCUACAAAGGAACCCACUCCUACAUAUUUUUUGGUCUGAUUAUGCGUGUCAUAAAAAUGUAGCAAUUAGCAAAAGCAUGUUUAUGAGUAGAAAAAAUAAUCAAAUAAUUGCAUGGAUAACCUGAUGAUCAGUUUAAAAUGUAGUAUUUACAUUUACUGUACCAUAACAUCUCUAUAUAGAGAACUCUUGUAUGAAAAAACAUGGUAACACUUUAUUUGACACCCAGUGUCAUAACACGCUAUGUCAUAAUAUGUCAUAACAGCUGACAUAACUUGUCAUAACCAGUCAUAACCUGUCAUAAUAUGAUCACAACACUGUCAUGACCCGUAUAUUUACACCUGUUGUGAGAUAUAUUGUGUUAUUUUAUGGCUGAUUACAACACCUACAGUGUCAAAACCCAUCUGUAUUCAGAUUCCUUUAGUUUGAAAAUGUGUUUCUUAAAUCCUUUGAUGUUGUAACAAAUUCUUUACGUCGUCUUUUUAAAUUAUUUUUAAAAUAAUGUGUGGAAAAUACUAUCACACUGUUAUCAAGCAUUAUGACCAUACUGUGUCACUUUACUUGGACUAAGAAAAUACAUUUUAUGACACUGUUAUGAAGCAUUAUGACCAUCAUAACCAUAUAAGCCAGAUAGGCCCUUAUAUCAGUCAUCAUUCAAAAAGAGGUGGUCUUGUCCUGCUUCUGAAAUGUAACAUGUCUGACAUCGAUGUGUGAGCAAUUACAAUGAUAAUAUGAUAUGGUGAAUUUCAGAAAAUGUUUCGUAACAUAAAAAUACUGUUGACAAGUAGACUAUGGUGUAAUGGAAUGUUUUGCCUUGUGUGGUAGGUUUUAUGACACGCAUGUCUAGGUGUCAUAACCAGCCAUAAAAUGACGCAAUAUAUGUCACAACAGGUCUAAAUAUAUGAGCGCUGACAGUGUUAUGACCAUAUUAUAACAGGUUAUGUCAGCUGUUAUGACAUAUGACAUGGUUAUGACCGUGGUCAUAUCGUGUUAUGACACUGGGUGUCAAGAAAAGUGUUACCGAAAACAUGUGGUACAUAGACAGAGUAAUGUAGACAGAGUAAUACAGACAGAGUAAUGUAGACAGAGUAAUACAGACAGAGUAAUGUAGACAGAGUAAUACAGACAGAGUAAUACAGACAGAGUAAUGUAGACAGAGUAAUACAGACAGAGUAAUACAGACAGAGUAAUGUAGAGAGUAAUAUAGACAGAGUAAUGUAGACAGAGUAAUGUAGACAGAGUAAUGUAGAGAGUAAUACAGACAGAGUAAUACAGACAGAGUAAUGCAGACAGAGUAAUGUAGACAGAGUAAUGUAGACAGAGUAAUAUAGACAGAGUAAUACAGACAGAGUAAUACAGACAGAGUAAUGUAGAGAGUAAUACAGACAGAGUAAUGUAGACAGAGUAAUGUAGAGAGUAAUACAGACAGAGUAAUGUAGACAGAGUAAUGCAGAGAGUAAUACAGACAGAGUAAUGUAGACAGAGUAAAGUAGACAGAGUAAUGUAGAGAGUAAUACAGACAGAGUAAUGUAGACAGAGUAAUGUAGAGAGUAAUACAGACAGAGUAAUGUAGACAGAGUAAUGCAGAGAGUAAUACAGACAGAGUAAUGUAGACAGAGUAAUGCAGAGAGUAAUACAGACAGAGUAAUGCAGACAGAGUAAUGCAGACAGAGUAAUGUAGACAGAGUAAUAUAGACAGAGUAAUACAGACAGAGUAAUACAGACAAAGUAAUGCAGACAGAGUAAUAUAGACAGAGUAAUGUAGACAGAGUAAUGUAGACAGAGUAAUGUAGACAGAGUAAUACAGACAGAGUAAUGCAGACAGAGUACUGUAGACAGAGUAAUGUAGACAGAGUAAUGUAGACAGAGUAAUGUAGACAGAGUAAUACAGACAGAGUAAUGUACUGCCUGCUUUUGAGUGUAUGGGGAGAUCGGACUGUGACGUUACCACACAGUAAAACAGACUACAAUGUUA